AUGGCAAUAUCAAAUAUUCGAGCCUCUGCAGAACGACCACUGCACGGCGCCAUUUUAUGCUUUACCUCCGUCGCUCCAGAACAGCGAACUCAAUACGCGGACGCUGCUAUUCAGAUGGGAGCAGAACACACUCUUGAUUUGACCUCGCAGACAACCCAUUUGAUCGUCGGAAGCACUGAAAGCUUGAAGUACAGCUAUGUCGCCAGAGAGCGAGAUGAUAUCAAAGUCCUCCGUCCAGAAUGGAUUGACGCCCUACGAGAGCUCUGGAUGAACGACCAUCCCAUCAACCUCGAUCAGCUUGCCCAAGAGUACCGUAUGCCCACACUGACCGGUUUGAAAAUAUGUAUCACGGGGUUUGAGGAUUUGGCCUUUAGAGCACAGUUGCAAAAGAACGUCGUGGAGAACGGGGGAGAGUAUACCGGAGAUCUGACGAAAGAUGUAACCCAUCUCAUUGCAGCGAAACCAGAGGGGAAGAAAUAUGAAUACGGGAUGACCUGGCAGAAGAAAGUCGUCAGCUUAAAAUGGUACAAAGACACCCUUGAACGAGGCAUGCAACUGGAAGAACGCCUGUACCACCCCACAAUUCCAGUGACCGAACAAGGCCGUGGAGCGUGGAACCGGAAUAUUCGACCUUCCCCUAAAGCGAUCAAACGUCCUAGGGAGACGGUCGUGGGGGGAGAGCCAUCUCGAAAGCUACGAAGGACAGCGAGUGCCAGACUCGGAAGUCAGAAUGAGAAUUUGUGGACAGACAUUGUUGGAGGCCCUGGCCUGGACGACGAGCACCAGUCUCAGCGACAACUGAAAGUUUCAAAGUCUAUGUCCUCUUUGCCUAAGACUGUAACUCCGAUUGAGACGGCACAGGAAGACCAGGUCCAAGCUGUGGCACGUUCGGUGGGUAACAUCACCAACAACACAAGGAUUGGAUUUUUUAGUGGCCACUCUCUCAAGAUGUGUGGCUUCGUGGGUAAGAAAGAAAAUAUUGUCCGCAACAUCUUGCUAGAGAAUGGAGCAACAAUCACGAAUGAGCAAGCAGAGGGUGACGGUGACCAUGAUGACGACGUGUUGAUCUUAUUGCCCCACGAUAUAGCAAAGACCAGCCAGGCAUCGAUACACCCGUCCAAUCCAACAGCUGUGACCGUUUCUGAGCUAUGGUUAGAGCAGUGUAUGUUUCAGAAGAGAUUCGUCAACCCUCAAGACUACCCGCUCGGAAAGAUCAUCGAGAAAUCGUUGAUGCCGGACUUUUCAAAGCUUACAAUCAAUGCCACAGGGUUUGGUGCCUUGGAGACACUACAUACCUCGAAGAUGGUCACCUUGCUUGGAGGAAAGUAUGUCGAGAUUUUGACGCCCACGGUGGGUAUGUUGUUGUGUAAGUCUGGAAGCAGCAAUCAGCAGAAACUUGGGCUAGCGAAACACUUCAACAUUCCUGUCGUUACCGAGUCAUGGCUCUAUCAAGUGCUUGAGACUAGUCGAAACCUACCUUUAGACAAAUAUCUCGUGCAACCAUUCACGAAUUCUUCAGCGAAGACGGAGGCGGCAAAACCUAGCCAUCGUUCAAAGCCAGAUGGCGCAUAUGUUGAAGUCAGUACGAUACCAUUGAAGUCCGAAACGAAAUCUCCUCACGGCAAACACCCCGAUGUACGGCCAUCCCGGCAGAAAGGCUCCAAUAUGUCACUGAGUGGAGAUGCUGCAAUAGAUGGCUCCUUCACAUACGUCCAUCGGGACUCGACAGAAGAACCAGAGAAGCAGGUUGAUCACGAUUCGAAUACCAUGAAAUCAGAAAACUCAAAUUCGACCAAUCGGGAGGCACUUGGAGAUUCUUUCGUGUGGGUAGAACCGCCUUUAAAAGAGGUCAAUGCCAACUCCCCGAUCAAGAAGCCUCGCGGUCAAGGUGACAAGAGUGAUACGAAGCAUCUGCAUGAUGACAACCACUGCAAACAAAACUCUGACCAGCAGACGAGCAAAGCAACAGAUCAUCCUUGCCAGGGCAAAGAUUAUCCUGCCGAGGACAUGACUGAGAAGGCUACGAGCGUGCUCAAUCUGAACGGCGCCAUUCGAGAGCUUCUAGAUCAACAGAACCGGAAGAAGCAUACAACUACGAAUGCAAGUAAUGAAAAUUUAACCAAAGGCAGACUUAUAGGUCGCGCACUGAGCAACUUAUCCAACACAUCCAAUACCCGCAUCUCGAGGGCAGGAUCGGUCGACAGCAUGAACACAGAUGGCAUCGGGAGUGAGAUUGCUUCCAUGCCUCCGGGCAAGCAAAGCACCGAGAGCGCAAGUGGUGCUGAGAAGAGUGGAUUCAGUCUUAUGGGGCGCGCAAAAUCAACGUUGUCAGGAAUCAAAUCUUUUGCACUCGGUCUGCACGACCCUGAUAUGGUUCGAGGCGAUUUUCAGAGGGAGGAUGAUACUCCUCAGAUGACCCAGCUGGGUUACGAAGACCCAGAGGAGGCCAUCAUUCUGCGACAAAAGCUCGCGGAAUCGAGACGAACACGAUCGAAGCAGGGAGCAAAGGAGAUUGAACCGAAGCCAGUCGUGCAGCAAAAGAAAGGACGGAAGAUCAAAGAUGACGAUGUUCUCGCAGAUGCGGGUUGGGGCGCUGGGAGAAGAACUAGAAACAAGCCCAAAAGUCCGCCGAAUCAAGAGAUAGCGAAGUUCUGA